AUGGCGCCCCCCAAACGCAUAUCACUACAACAGGUGUUGGACUGCAAUAACAGCACGAGCAGCAACUGCAUUGACGGCGGGUGGCCGACCGCGGCGCUGGACUACAUGGUGGACGCCACGCGGCAGUGGGGGGGACUCACCGCCGAGGCAGCGUACUACCCGUACAUGCAGAGGCAGAGCAGAUGCAUCCUGCGCAGGGCGACGACCAUAGGCAUCACGGGGUACGACCAGGUGGACUUCUACGGCUGGUUUGGCCUUCUCCUUGCUGUCAAUACUCAACCCACCAUUGCAUUCGUGCGGGGCUCCUACCCGUCCUUCCAGACCUACACAGAUGGCAUAUACAGCGACCCAGGGUGUGCAGCGGCGGGGGUGGUGGAUCACAGCGUGGUGGUGAUGGGGUACAGCAUCUCCUCGCAGGGCGCCUACUGGAUCCUCCGCAACUCCUGGGGGGCCACCUGGGGCAUGCAGGGCUACAUGCUAAUGGCCUUCGGGGGAGGCAUUGGCAUCUGUGGCAUUCACUCCGUGCCAGCCAUCUACCCCGUUAUUAAGACGCCCUCGUCGUGCCCGUCGCAGUUGAGUCCAUGUGGGGGGGCAGCAUGUGAGGCCGGAGGAAUAUACCGCACUGUGGGGCUGGUUGGGUUGCAUCGUCAUCCCCCAUCGUCAUCAUCCCCCAUCAUAAUCAUCCCCCAUCAUAAUCAUCCCCCAUCAUCAUCAUCCCCCAUCAUCAUCAUCUCCCAUCAUCAUCAUCCCCCAUCAUCAUCAUCCCCCAUCAUCAUCAUCAUCAUCAUCAUCAUCAUCAUCAUCAUCAUCAUCAUCAUCAUCAUCAUCAUCAUCAUCAUCAUCAUCAUCAUCAUCAUCAUCAUCAUCAUCAUCAUCAUCAUCAUCAUCCCCAUCAUCAUCACAUCCCCCAUCAUCACCAUCCCCCAUCAUCACCAUCCCCCAUCAUCACCAUCCCCCAUCAUCACCAUCCCCCAUCAUCACCAUCCCCCAUCAUCAUCAUCCCCCAUCAUCAUCAUCCCCCAUCAUCAUCAUCCCCCAUGA